AUGGCACUUACAUUUGAUCACAACCAUAACUAUGUUUUUGAUGGUACCAUAAAGAUACCAACAGUGAUGUUUUGUGAUAUGAUCAUAACCAUAAUGAAAAAGCAAAUAGGUACAGGCGACGACCUUCAGAAAAUUGUCAAAAUUACUUUUAUGGCUCGAUACGAUGACAAUAAUAUCGUAAUUUUAUUAUUUUUGGGAAAAUCUACUUCCAUUGGAUCUCAUUCUCGUAUUUAUGAUGUGCAAAAUCGAAGAAAACAUGAAGUGAUAGGAUUAAUUAACCAUUAUGAAGCCACAACUGUUCCCGCAACUGUGAAUAAGUAA